GCGUCGCCUUAGCAACCAACAGACGGGGCUUUGAUCCAUGUAGUGCGACCGGGAUUGUUGUCCUCUGAGUUGAAUUGACCGCUAUAAACAUUCGUGUUUACCGACUUAAGCGACCAUGGCCACAAGUAACCCCUCUGUGUUUCUUCUGACGGUGAACGGGCAAAUUGAGGGAGCGAAUUUUCCAGAGUAUGACAACCUUUAUUGCAAAUACUGCUUCGUCUACGGACACGACUGGGCUCCCACCUCUGGGCUGGAGGAAGGCAUCACUCAAAUCACAUGUAAGGGUCAGUCUUCACAUAAAUUAAUAUGGAACUUUCCACUGGAAACAACUUUUAAAAGCACAAACCCGUUUGGAUGGCCUCAGCUUGUGGUGAGUGUUUACGGUCCUGAUGUGUUUGGCAACGAUGUCGUGCGCGGCUACGGAGCAACACACAUCCCAUUCACAUCCGGACAACAUAAACGAACCAUCCCCAUGUUUGUUCCUGAGCCAACAUGGAGACUACAGAAAUUCACAAGCUGGCUGUUGGGAAGGCGACCAGAGUACACAGACCCAAAAGUGGUGGCGCAGGGUGAAGGACGAGAAGUGACGCGGGUUCAUUCCCAAGGCUUCGUCACCAUCUCUUUUCACAUCUUGACCAAAGACAUGAAGAAGCUGGGUUACGACACGGGGGCGUCAAGUCCUGUGAACACACACUCCGCCACAUCCGACUGGUCGACGGAAGAGCAACCGUCCAACACAUAAUAAUGUCAGAGACAAACAAACAAAAAGCAACAACUGGUGGCUGUUGCUCUUCUCACUCCCGAGGAUGUUUUGAUCUGCACCAAAAUAAUAGGACAAUAUGGAAAUUAGCUGCAUUGCCAUGUCAGUCACCUCUCUGUGGAAAAUUGUACACACUAACUAAUGUUUUAUUGUAAAUUGUAUGAAAAGAUUUUUUUAGAUACUCAAAUGUGGACAUUUAAAAAAAAAAUUGUAUUUGUUUUAUUGCAUUUUUUACUGUAUUUUUCCAAAUAAACGAGGACUUUAUGGUUUGCAAGUGA